AUGCACGAAGCGCCGCGCUUCCAGCGGAGGAAAGGAGAGCUGCUGAUUCAGUGUCAAGCUGAGUACACAGAGCAUCAGAUUAAACUUCAGUUUAAGAAGCUUCGUCAGUUUCUCAGAGAUAAAGAAGCCGCUAGGAUCACUGCACUGAGGGAGGAAGAGGAGCAGAAGAAGCAGAAAAUGAAGGAGAAGCUGAAGGAGAUGAACAGACACAUCUCAGCUCUUUCACAAACAAUCAAAGACUUGGAGGAGAUGAAGAAAGCCAAAGACGUCCACCUUCUAGAGAAGUUUCCAGUCACGAUGGAAAGAGUCCAGAUCUCACAGCCGGAUCCAGAGACGCCUUCUGGAGCUUUGAUUCGUGUGUCACAUUACUUGGGCAACCUGCCGUACAGAGUCUGGAAGAAGAUGCUGAACUCAGUCCAAAAGACUCCUGUGAUUCUGGAUCCAAACACGGCUCAUCCACGUCUUGUCCUGUCCCAUGAUCUGACCCGUGUGAAAUUUGUCUGGGACGAACAACCGUUUCCUGAUAAUCCAGAGAGAUUUGACAUCUGUGAGUGUGUUCUGGGCUCAAAGGGUUUUCACUCAGGAACACACUCGUGGGAAGUGGAGGUUAAACACAGCGAAUGCUGGAGUCUUGGAGUAACUACAGCAUCAAACCAAAGAAAGGGGCAUGAUUGCUGUGAGACUGAUGUCUGGUGUGUGAAGUAUGAUCCGUACAAUCAGCUUGAGUCUGGUUUUCUUAUUGAAGAGGAUCUUGAGUAUGUGAGAGUUGAUCUGGACUAUGACGGAGGAACGGUGUCCUUCUCUGAUCCUGUAACUAACACACAUAUACACACAUUCACAACCACCUUCACUGACACCAUCUUUCCAAUUUUCUGCAAUCUUGAUGAACUUAAAUGUCUAAGGAUUUUACCAUUUAAACUUCACAACGUCUGUAAUGAGUGUCUUCGACAGUUCUGGAAAACCAAGGAAAGUCAGGAGUGUCCUGUCUGCGGGAUAAGACCCUCAAAAAAUCCUUCCUGUAAUCUUGUGUUAAAAACUUUGUGCAAGUCAUUCCUGAAGGAGAGAAAUGAGAAGCAUUCAGCAGGGUCUGAGGAGAUCUGCAGUUUACACGGUAAGACACUCAAGUUCGUCUGUCUGGGGGACAACCAGCCUGUGUGCUCAGCGUGCAAACAUACACAGAAGUACACCAAUCAAACACUCAGGCCCAUCUGUGAAGUUGUUCCAUCAUAUAAGGAGGAGCUCAAUACAGCACUGAAGUCCUUACAAGAGAAACUUCAACAGAGAGAAAACAUUAAAAGAGAGUUAGAGAAAACAGUUCAACAUAUCAAGUCUCAAACUGAAUACACAGAGCAUCAGAUUAAAGAGCAGUUUAAGAAGCUUCGUCAGUUUCUCAGAGAUGAAGAAGAAGCUACAAUCACUGCACUGAGGAAGGAAGAGAAGCAGAAGGAGCAGAAAAUGAAGGAGAAACUUGGAGGAGAUAAUGAAAGCCAAUGA